AUGAUUGACGCCAGUAAAGACAAGCGAAUUGUGAACCUCUUUACUCGUGGUUCUCAUCAUCGCAAUCUAAGCGUGAUUUAUAUCGUGCAGAAUCUAUUUCACCAGGGGAAAGGUAGUCGCAGCAUAAGCCUUAACAGCCAUUAUUUGGUGUUAUUCAAGAACCCACGAGACAAAUUGCAAAUCUUGACUCUUGCCAACCAAAUGUAUCCCGGGCAAACUGAUUUCUUUUUAAAUCAGUACGAGGAGGCUGUAAAAAGACCUUUUGGUUAUCUGCUGAUUGAUCUGAAAACUACCACCCAAGAUAAUUGUCGACUGCGAACAAACGUCCUGCCCAGUGAAGAAGGUUUUAACCAAGCAGGGUUUCAAGAAAAUAUUCCUCAAGAGCUUUUAAAAUAUCCAAAGCAGCAAAAUCUGUCACCUGUCCCACUUCUUCCAGCUAUGCAAGAAAAACAGGGCAACAUGGAUGACUUGCUUUCUCGAAACGAUCUUCGGGAUGAUGAAAAAGCUAAGAGAUACUCUCAGUUGCAAAACAGA